GACAGGCCAUCUCUUACAAUGUACAUUCAUUAAUAAAUCUUUGUCUGGUCAAUCGCGUUUUAUUAGAUCUCGCAGGUAUUUCUAUUCAUCAAGAUGACCACCAAAUUAUUUGUAGGAAAUUUACCUGACACAGUAAGAAAGGGUGAUUUACAAGCUUUGUUUGAAAAGUUUGGACAGGUGGUUGAAUGUGAUGUUGUAAAAGAUUAUGGCUUUGUGCAUUAUGCCUCUGGUGACGAAGCUAAUGCAGCAGCUGAAAAUUUAAAUGGAACAGAUUUUAAUGGUUCAGCAUUAAGAGUGGAAGUUUCAAGAAGUAAAGUUCGACCCAAACCCGGAAUGGGUGGUAAAGGAGAGUGCUAUAGGUGUGGUCGAGAAGGUCAUUGGUCUAAAGACUGUCCAAAAGGAUCGUCACGACCACGACGUCCACCAGGAGAUGGUUUUAGAGGAGAUCCCUACCGUGAGGACCCUUAUGAUAAUUACUACCGAGAUCCUUAUUACCGACCCCCACCACCAGACAGAUACCGACCAUAUGCUGACCCCUAUGAGAGGAGACCUCCCCCUCCCCCUAGAGAGAUGUACAGAGAAAGAGAUCCUUAUGCCAGACCUCUUCCAGAAUACUAUGCCAACAGACGACCAGCAGCAACCAGAGAUGCAUAUUAUGAUUAUUAUGAAAGGAGGAGAAAAAGAGAUACUUGAAGUUUUAAACAAGAGCAAUUUUGGUUUACUUUAAGUACCGUGAUCAUCUCUUUGUGUGAAUGUGUGGCUCCUAUGAACAUCAGAACACCGGGCCAAGAAAAAAGAGGAAAGCAGUGCAUCUUCAUUCUUGAUAAAUAUUCAUCAGUUCAGUUUUAGUUUAUUUGAUGCUAAAUAUGAACAUUUGAUGUGGCUUUAAAAAAACUCACAUUAAUCUGAGUGAGUUUCAAGAUCUUCAGAAUUGAUACAUAAUGCAGGGUUACAAGGCUUGCCUCUUAUCGGUAGAUAAUACUAGGUAUCACAUAGUAAUGAACCUAAUUUGAUCAUAUUUGUCUGAUCUGGAGGAGUAUAAAUCUAAUUGUGGUGGGAUUUUACAAAAUGAUAAAGCUAUGGGCAUUCCCAUAUCAUUGGUCCUAACCUUUUGAGGUAGUAAAAUGGACUAUUGACAAUUAGUAAUCAAGGUGAGCUUUUUGUUAGUCCUACAAAACCAACCAUUGGCUGAACUGUAAACUGUUGAUCCUUGCAGUAAUAUGGCUAAUUUAGAAAUUCAACUAACUUGAAGUAUUAAUUAUGUAAGAACUGUAGACAGUCCAGUUUAACACCAAUUCAAUAGUAAAUUUGAAAUUUACUCCUUGUGUUGAUGCAAGUAUUAAAGUCAAAGAUGAAAACAUGUCAAUGUGUUUCAAAUUUAAGGGAUGACAAAAUCGGAAGUGAUUCAUUCUACUCAUUUGAACUCGAUGUGAAAAAAAACUUUUCUAGUAUAAAAAUGAAAAAAGCAAUAAAAUUUGUAUUGCUUUUAUAAAAUGUCAAAGUUUGUAUGUAAAUACCACACUUAAUAACCAGCUUUUUUUUUGCUUUUUUUUUUUAUCAAACUCUGUAGUGAAAAUAUGGAUUAAAGUGUAAAUAAUGUGACAGUCUUAAAGAUAGACAUUGAAAACCAUGGAAUUAAAUUUUUGUAUAUGUUAUUUAUUACUAGAAUGUUUUUGACAGUUGAUAUGGCAAUUUCAAUAACUUUAUGCUAAAUAAAAC